AUGGCUUUCUCUCAAGGAGCCCUGGCUCUCGACCAGGUCACUCCUCCGUCACAGCCCCAGAUAGCUCUUGCAUUGGCUAUCGUCAAGCAGAAGCCUACCGAAAUCGAUCUCAAGGAAUAUCUCCCACAGAUUCGCCAGUACAUAAAAACCACAAGGGACUUCUGUCGAGCUACAUCCCAAGACAAGUUUUUUGACAGCGUCUCCUUCUGGCAGCAGGCGUAUGAGAAGUCAGAAGCAGAGCAAAGCAAGCUUCUUGACCGGAUCUAUGAACUGGAACAACGGAAUGCAGCUCUUGCUACCAAAAUCAAACCCCGCGAUGCAGCUGCUUCUCUAGAGGAAGAGCUGGGCCCGCUAUCGAGCAAGCGAAAGACAGCCAGCAAAAGCUCUGUCAACCGCAAGAGAGCAAAAACUCAGGUAUCUACUGGUGCUAAUCACAACAACAGUUCCCAGAUGAGGAGUGAUAAUCUCUCCAACGGGAUUGAAGAUUUAGAAGGGGUAACUACUUCGUUUAUGAGGAAUUUCUUCAGCCUCCAGAAGGUUCUACAGAAGAGACCAAGCUGCAGCAACAUUGUCUUGGCUGCAGUUGCUUUGUGUGAAGCUACUGCAAAAGAACUGCUAAAUGCGGUUGACCAGAAUCAAGUGAAAGAUUCCACCUGUCGCUUGAAGCCAGCACGGACAGUGCUGCGGACGGAAAUUCCAGACUUUACAUCAGUUUUACAUGGUGUCGAGAUUGCAAUUGGGCUCCUCUACCAGGCGUUGAAUAAACUUUCUGGUACAGGAGGUAAACGAGAUCUGGGCCAGGUCACAUAUCAUCUUGUUCGUCUCUUUGACGACACCAUGGUGGUUUUACAGAAACACUGUAAAGCCAGAACUAACAAGUCUACUGCCACUUCAAAGGCAGGCACGAAAUAUCAAAGGACAAAGCAAUCGGCUAAGUCGAAGCAUUCAAAGAUGAGUCGUCCUGUUGAAGCUCAUCUAUCGACGACGGGGGAUGAUGUCUCGAUGCACAUCACUCGCUUGCUUAGCACAAUGGCUCUUUCACUAGAUCCUUCGUCUGCAGAGCACAGAGACCUUUUAGAAGGCUUUCUGUUUAUAUUACUCAGUCGCGUGGGAAAACUAUUAUGUCUGUUUGUCUUCCGAGACCUACGCUUACACCCUGACCUGAAAGUCAACACCGCCAAGCUUCCCCUUCCGGAAGGUCUAAUUGAGGCAGACAUGAGUGAAGUAUCCCUUCAUUCAGCACAGCUCGAGGCGAAGCAUCUAGUCUGGCUUUUAGAAAGGGUCCUCGCUUUCUUAGAUACUGUGCCAUCGUUGCCCUCAUCGCCAUCUCAGAAGCAAGCUCUCAAUGGUGAAUUCAUCCUCGGAAUCAAAGAGAAGCUGCAAAGUACUCUUCUCCAAGCGGUCUUUGGUGCCAAUGACCCACUGUUUCAGCAAUCCUUGAAGUACCCGGCACGUCCAGAAUCAUCGGAACUCGACAGAUUAAGAAAGUGUGUGCAGGUUCCUGAGCAGUCUGUGCCAGACUGGUUUACACAGGAGGUUUGGAGACUAUUAGGAUGGGAUAUCCUGGUGAAGAACGACCAUUUCAAAGGCUAG